AUGUCCGAACCAUGCUAUACAUGCCGCCGCCGGCGCAUCCAAUGCGACCGCUCCAAGGAGCCCUGCCUCAAAUGUGAGAAGGCCGGACUCGAGUGUUUCAGGGAAAGACCGUUGCGAUGGGUUCGGGGCGUGGCUAUUCGGGGCUCUAUGCGAGGAAAGUCUUUCAAAGAGACGGCUCGGCCUCAAGUGGAGAACCCUGGCCAGGGUUCUAUGCAGCUGAUCGUCGAUGCGGGGCCUAAUCUAAACCACGACAUAGACUGUGAUGCCUUGUAUAAUGCUUCGGCGUAUGGCCGCCCCAACAGCAUGGGAUUGACCAUGAGUGCUUUGUCCACACCGAAUCUGGAUCCCACUUCCAUGUACUACCUAGACUAUUACAACGAUCGUAUAUGCAAGGUCUUCAUCGUUUAUGACAGCGAGAAGAAUCCAUUCCGAAGUCUCAUCUCCCUCGCCAUGGGUGACUCGGUGCUCCUCCAGACAAUUCUCGCCCUAGCUGCCCGCCACCGCGCCAAUACAGGACGAUCCUUCUCGGAGCAUCAUGCAUCAGCACUUCCAGAGUCAGCUGACGCUCAUCAGGCGGCUCUUCGUUUCAAACAUCGCUCCAUCCAAGGCCUCGCCAAUGCCUUAAGCGACCCGAAAGCAUGCCAGCGAGACACAACCGUGGCGACCACGUUCCUCCUGGUAUUUUUAGACCUUCUGGAAUCGGGAUGCGACCGUUGGAAUUACCAUCUGGACGGUGCGAAGACCAUGAUGGCCAUGAUGAAGCCCGAUGAUCCAGGAUCCACCAUCCAGGGGAUCCGCCAAUUCCUAGCUACGCAGAUCCACUUGAUUGAAACUCUGGGAACUACCUUUGUGCGGCCCAAACUACUGUCCCGGUUUCUCUCGCUGAACGGAUCAGGAGCCCGCCUGCGCGACAUUGUCGAACAGUCAUUCCUUGGUUGUCCCGGGUAUCUUCUAAGUGCUAUCCAAUUUUUCUCGUCGCAAAGGGAUAUCUUAGCAGAGGAGAAUGAUAUAACCCGACCCUCUCCUGACCAAUCCCAGGAAGUUGGCUCUGUCCUGGAAUCCGUACGGAAUUUUGACAGCUACCUCUGGGCUACAGAAUUGCCACAGGAACCGUCAGCCCCGAGGGACAUUGACGGUCUCUGCACACUUUCCCGGGCCUACCAACUGGGUGCUUGUAUCUACGGGCAGUGCGUGCUCGACGUCAUAAACAAGACCACCACAUCACAGCACACCACGGUAGCAGAGUUGAUCAGCGUGAUCGGGGCACUACGCGAUGAUACCGCACUGUUCAAGUGCAUUCUAUGGCCGAUGUUCAUUGCUGGCCUAGUAUGUCAAGAACAGGCGCACCGGGAUUAUCUCAUAGCGAGUCUGGAACGAUUCUGGAAUUACACCAGCUGCCUGAAUGUACUCAAUGCUGCACAAAUAUUGCAGGCGUAUUGGACGCAAGACACAACCGGGAGGAAGCCUUCACAGUGGAUAUUUACCGUCGGCCGACUGGGCCGCGACUGGCUUUUGAUUUGA